AUGCACGAAGAUGAUUAUUACGACGAGGAUUACGACUAUCUGGGAAGUGAUCAAACCCUACAUUGCUACUGUGAAGAACAUUGCCCUUCACGCGAGGAACAAGGUAUCUGUCAAGUUAAUUUAGGCGGAAAAUGCUUCACUUCCGUGGAAAUUUUAGUAGACGAGUAUGGAUACGACUAUCCUUUUUUGUCCUACGGAUGUUUCGGGGCCGGUGAAAGCGGUUUGAUGCAGUGUAAAGGUAACUUGGUACCCCACGCGAAAACCAAAUUGAUUGGGUGUUGCGACGACGAAGAUUUCUGCAACAAGGACCUCUUUCCCAUGUACGUGGAGAAAAUCUCCACGAGUUACUUCCAGAGCUUGUCGUUCAUGGUGAUGAUGUCUUCAAUAGUUAGCUGUUUCGUAGUGAUCCUCAUCCUAACCAGCGUUUUUGUAAUGUACAGAAAGAAAGAGAAACUAGGAAUAAAGACGGAGAAAAAUGGAAGGGUAAACAAUAACGUGGUGACCAAUGACAUUGCAGACGACAAAGAAGUGGGGAGAAUAGCAGGGCUCAUUGAACAGUCGAGUGGAUCCGGAUCUGGCUUGCCCAUGAUGGUCCAGAGAACAAUCGCCAAGCAGAUUGAAAUGGGUAUCUCUAUAGGCAAAGGCAGAUUUAGUGAGGUUUGUUUGGGUAAAUGGAGGGAAGAAAAAGUCGCCGUCAAGGUUUUUUUCAGCACCGAAGAAGACUCUUGGUUUAGAGAAACGGAAAUAUACCAGACUGUGUUGAUGAGGCACGAAAAUGUCCUGGGUUUUAUAGCGGCCGAUAUCAAAGGUAAUGGCGGUUGGACCCAGUUGCUUUUAAUCACCGAUUACCACAAGCCAGGUUCUUUGUACGAUUUUCUUCAAACAAACACUGUAAGGCCGACUUUGCUGCUGUGUUUGUCCAGAGGUUUAUGCCAUCUUCACACCGAGAUAUUCGGGAUACACGGGAAACCCUCGAUUGCUCACGGGAACAUAAAAAGCAAAAAUAUUCUGGUUAAGAAGAACGGAGAGUGCUGCAUUGCGGAUUUUGGGUUAGCCGUGAAGUUCGAUAGCGCUUCCAAUAAGUUGGACAUACCCGACACAAACAGAUGUGGAAGUAAAAGAUACAUGGCUCCGGAAAUUUUGGAUAAGAAGAUAGAUUUACAAAAUUUCGAGGCACACAAAUCCGCCGACAUGUACGCCUGUGGUCUUGUAUUUUGGGAGAUAACAAGAAGGUGUGAUAUUGGAGACUGCCCCACACCCCCUUAUGCUCCCCCUUUUCGUGACGAAGUGCCCAGAAAUCCUUCUCUCGAGCAGAUGCACGAAGUGGUUUGUGUUAAAAAAAUCAGACCCGUCAUAUCAGAAAGUUGGAAGAACGUGGAGAUCUUGGAGACAUUGGCUAAAACUAUGGAAGGAAUAGGGGAAUUACACCAGGAUAAUUAGGGAAAAUAAAAGAGAAACUCGAAAAAAGUCCUAUCCGCAAUAUUAUUGUAAAAUUGUCUAAAGGAACAUAAUACAAG